AUGGCCCGAUAUCUUUCAAUCUUUCUACUCCUCACUCUGUUCAGUCAUAAUGUGCUCGGGGCCGUCGUGCCGAAAUCCGAUGGAAUAUAUGAUGAAUCUCUCGAGGAAGCCUUAAAUAGCGACGCGAUCUCUGGCUACGAACCGGAAUCAGAGGACGCGUUCAUCUCUCAAGUGGAUAGCGAUUGGGAGGCUUCUAGUAUUCACGCUACUCGAGACGCUGAUGCUGCAGCUAAUCUUCAUCUGCCUCGCUCUGCGGAUGAUGAAAAAGAUCUCCACCUUUUCGAUCUGGAUGACACAGAUUCAACGGACCCACUGUUAAUGCCGGAAACAGUUGAAGCUCGAGCGCCUGCAGACUGCAACAAUCUCAUUCGAUCGGGCAUCGACAGCUGUAAAAGGGCUGUGCAAAGCGGCAUCGCGGCCUGCAAAAAGAAAAUCAUUGACGAUGUUGCAGCUUGUCAUAUCCAAGUCCGACAAGACAUAGAUAAAUGCAAGAAGAAGGCCAAAGACCCGUUCACCAAGGGUCGUUGCGAGCUUCAACGAAAACCUCGUGAUUUGCAGUGUGAAUCACGAAGAUCGAAAAUUCCUACCUGUGAGAAGAGUCGUCCUAAGGUCCUUGUUUGCUGUGAAGGUCUUAGAACACGGGUGCAAGCACUGUGCGCUGCGAAAGUGGUGUCCAUCGAAGCAGUCCGCAAUGGACUGCAACUGGGUCAACAGCAAUGCAUUCGAGGCCUCAUAAUUUGA